UUUUGUAGGUUAUUAAAUUUAUCAGUUUUGUGGUUUUAAGUUAAGCUAUGCUUAAAAUAAUUUUUUGACUGUAUCGUAAUGACUAAUUGUUAAUUUUUGUAUCCCUAGAGCAUGGUUGAUUAAACGAUAAAUGUUUUAGAACGAAACCAAAUGGAUCAUUCAGAGGAAUUAGGAAAUAUACUAGAGACAAAAAAUGUUGUAGAUUUACAAAAUCGAAUUCAAGAAUUGGAAAUGGAUAAGAAAAGAAUACAGGACGAAUUUAAUAUACAAAGAGCUAAAUUAAAAGAUUUAUUUUUACAAAAAGAAGCUGAAUUACAAAGAAAAAAUGAAGAGAACCUUCAACUAAGUGAAGAGGUUAUAAAAUUAAAGAAUCAGUUAGAUGAUUGUAAAAGUCAGUUGGUUGUGGAUAGUAUGACUUUAGAGUCAAACUUUGAAGUUGAAAAACGUAAAGCAGAAGAAGAAAUAGCUACCUUACAGAGAUUAGUGCAUGAGACUGUGGAAGAGUCCAGUUCAACCAGAUCUUUGUAUGAUACAGAACUAUCAAAAUUGGAAUCUUAUAUCCAACAACUUCAACGAGAAAUAACUGAUUUAAAACAAGAAAAAAAUCAGUCACCACAUCACACUACACAGGAACAUAGUAGUUUAGCCCCAAGUCAAGUGUUCAAUGUGUUAUCAAAAGGAUUAAAGAAAUUAGGAGCUGAUUCCUUUUCUUCUCAAGAAAGCGUCGAUGAUGGUAUUAAAAAGACCCAUGAAGAUGCAGAAGUAUUGCGUUCUCUUGUUGAACCCCUUGCAGAUCAAAUAAAAGCUUUGAAGGAAAAAUUAAGGGCCACGGAUGAGCAGCUUCAGAAAUGUAAAGAAUGUGGUCAUCAUCAAGAAGAGAUGAAUAAAGGUGUGGAUCAGUCUUCUCAACAUGUGAAUAUGAAUGCAACAACUGCUACAAACACGUCAUUUGAUUCAUCCAAAUUAUCUAUAUGUGAUAUGUGUAGCAAUUACGAGGCGCAACUUGUAAAGGAACAAAAAAGAACGAGUGAGUUGGGGGCAAAAGUACAUGCUGCUGAGAAGGCAGCAGACAGGCAUAAAGAAGAACUUCUGAAAGAAAUUGGUUUUAGAAAGGAAAUGGAAGAAAAGUGGAAUGAAAAGAAAGAAGAGCAUAAACAACAGGUUGCUGAAUUAACUAGGGCAACGGAGUGCACCGAGCAGGAUUUAAAAGAGCUAAGGCAAUACUUCAAUCAAAGUUGUUCAGAGAUGAAGAUGAACUUAGGUAGAUUAACACAUGAGCGAGAAUUGAUUCAUCAAGAGCUUGAGAAGUAA